UUACCACUGAAGUCACAUGUCAAAGGUCGCGGAAAAAGUUAAUCAACAGAGAACAAGGUCCACUAGUUUUAUAUUAUAUUAAAGACCUGUCAGAGCUCUACAAGGCCAAGACCUUCUUCCAGAGACAAGGACCACACCGUAACUGUUAGACAUGAGGAAUUUUAUGAAGUUACUUUGGUCUGUGUUACUGGUGGGGACAUACUCUCAGCUUGGGAGUGCAAACAAUGCGACGGCGGUCCAGCUUACAACGGCACAUUUGAUAAGUUUGACUCCCACCCCUACUGCAACUUCGUCCAAUCAGGUGUCCAGUACGCAUCACAUGACCAGCAGCAAAGCCCCUUCCCCUACCUCAAUCCCGGCUGAGAACUUCUUCACAUAUAAAGAUAGCGAAAUCUACUUGAAAAUCCAUACCAUCUCCAUCACAUUUGAGUCAGCCAGCUACAAGAAUCUGACUGGAGAGAUUAUUGAGGGGAUGAAGUUUGUCAAUAACACAGUGAUUCGUGUUAACUCUACAUAUACUGUUCUCAAGCGGUUUUAUGGCACUGACAGCAAUCCAACGUUUUUUAUUGCAUUUCACUUCACGCAAGACAGCAGUGAAGAUGACCCCAAAUGGUACCUGAAUAAUUUCCAGCACGCAUCCAUCAGCAAGAACGGGACGGUGCAGACCCUCUUCCAGUACAAGGGCAUACAGUACAGCAUCUGGGCACCCUCCGGUCUGCAGUACCAGUGCACCAGUGUUGUGCUGCAUGGUAGCAGUGGUGUGGAUGGAAAUAUUGGCACAAAUCUCAACAUUACUGGAAUCAGCCUACAACCAUUUCUAGGGAAUAAAGACCCAUCUAAAGAUAUUUUUGAUUGCGCUCGUCACAGCAGCAAUAACGAAACAAUCGGACUGGUGGUGGGACUGUCACUAGCUCUAGCUGUUGUGAUUGCAGCUGUUUUUAUUAUUAUUUCCAUUCUUGCAUCCAAGAAAUUCUUGAACAGAGAAUAUGAUAUACUUAAAGAUUAGUGUUUUGUUUAUAAUUAUUCAUUGUGUGUUGUUGUGUGUUUUGA